UUAAUUGACUUGAUACUGACCUCCCCCAGAUGUAGUUUAUAUAGUCAAUAUACAUAUAUAUGUGUACUUUCAAAACACAGGAGACAUAUUAUUUUGAAGCAAUUCAUAGAAGCUACAAAUUAUUAAAGCACCUAUACUUACGCAAGUUAUGAUGACGUAGACCACACGGAAGUGAUUUUUAGCAGGUGCAUGGCUUCUAAUGGAAGGUAACCAAAUGAUAAUGGAUAAAACACCGAAUCCUGUUUGUGGCACUAUCAAAGUAAGCUCCACCGUGGGCAAGACUUUAGAAAACACCUGUAGUGGAUUCCUAUUGGAUAGUAGGACAGGCUAUUUCCUCACUCAUGGAACUAUCUUAUCAGAGCAUUUGCAUGCUAAAAGUAGAGUAUUUAAAGAAUUAAAGAGGAAGUUAUACUGUAGUGGGCCACAUUUUGAAAGUUUGAGGCAUUUGCAAGUUGACAUCAAAUUGCCAAAGAUUACGUUGGAUCGUUUGGUGAAUAUGAGUUUAAACACAGAACUGAGGACCACUCUUUCUCAUGCAGUAUUGGAGAGUCUGCCCGAAAAGCAGAGCACACAGUUUUCAGGCAUCGUCCACAGCAUAUUUUGUGUACCAUCUUUAAGAAAUGUCUUAAACAAACUCAUGCCUCCAAAUAGCUGGGACUUUGCUGAUGAACCUACAAAGAAAAACAAAGAAGACGAGUCAAAACAACUAACCUUUCACAAUUUGCUAUCUUGUUUUGUACUCAUCAAGCUCUAUGAUUGGACGCCUAUCCAUUCAAAUUUCACAAUAAAGUCAUCCAACUGUAACUUCAUAGGAGAUCCAGUGGACAUUGUGUCCACACCAUUUGGAGGGCUAAAUCCAGAGGUUUUUCUAAACUCGAGAAGUGCUGGGAUCAUUAGCAAUACAGCAGGGAAACGAAAGGUAUUGUUGAUGACUGAUGCUAGAUGUGUUCCAGGCUCUGAAGGAGGGGUGCUCUUAGAGAGGAAAGGUUCAAGGUCUGUGGUAGGCAUUAUGAUUGCUACUCUCUGCUGGAAAAACAAUGAAUGGGUUGGGCUAUCAAUGGCCUGUGCCUUACCAGAAAUUUUAGAGACAAUGGAGGGACUUCCUGUGGGUAUCUACCUGGCUGACUUAAACCUUGAUAGCAAAGGCCAAUCAGAUACAGUUUUACAAGACGUGGUCCACUCAGUUCCCAUGAUCUCUGUUAGAGGAAGCUGGGGUUCAGGGUUCACAGUUGGUAUCCAUGGUGAUGAAGUUAUACUUCUGACUUGCAACCAUGUUGUUAAAGACUGCAAUUACAGUCCAGUGAGAAUUAAAUGGCCAUCAGGAAAUGUGUACACAGGAAAGCUUCUAUACAGAAAUUUCAUUUCUCCUGCAUUUGACCUUGCCUUUUUAUCGGUGAAGGUCAAGGAAUCUGACCGGCCCUCUACACUGCAGACGUCUAAGGUGAAGGAAGGGGAACCAGUAUUUGGAAUAGGCCAUGCCAUCUUCAAUGAGGAAUAUAACCUUUUACCUUCAGCUACAUCAGGGACUGUGUCAAAAGUUCUUAAAAUAAAGAAUGAAGUUAUAAUGAUUCAGACCACCUGUGCUAUUCAUGCUGGAGCCAGUGGAGGUCCUAUUGUAAACAGACAUGGAAAAGUGGUGGGUGUGACAGUAUGCAAUGCAAAGGAUGUUUCAUCCGGUGCUAGUUAUCCCCAUAUCAACAUGUGUGUUCCUAUGGAAACAGUAUUGCCCAUAAUUGAAAACUUUGUACAGUCAAAAGAUCUAAGUGUUUUGGAGCAUCUGCAAAUAAAAGACCCAUUAAUCAAAGGACUCUGGACCCUGGAAACCAAAGAAGCAGGGUACCUGAUUCCCAGCAGGCUUUAACAAACUGUACACGGAUAAUGGACUGUGAAUAAUGUACAUUCACUGUGUAGAAGUAUGUCUGAGGGGAUGAAAAAAUGCAAGACUUGAAGAGAAGGAGUGGCAUUUUGAUUGAAUUUAUGAACAAUUUCUUGACAAUCUUAGCAUCACUGUGAUAAAUUGUUUUUUAAUUGGCUAGAUAAUUUGAUAAUUAUAGUUUUAUAUUGAAUAUGAAAACCAGUUUGUCAAGCAAUAUGUGUAGAGUAUUGUCAGUGGUUUGCCAUUACAUGAGAAAGACAUCAUUUUUGUUGUAGAAAGAAAUACAUGUAUUGAUGAUGAGCAAGAUAAAACUGUGAAAACAAAAGAAAACCCUAGCUUAAACUGUGUGUGUGUCAAUUUUGAUAUGUCAUCAAACUAUCACCAUAGUUACAUUUCAUUCAUGUUCCCAAUAGCUUCUCAACAUCAUUCAUGAUAUUUAGGUCUGGACAAACUAGUUGCAGUAGCUCAGUCAUUAGUGUGUUUGCUUUAUGACUGGGAGAUUGUGAGUUUGAGCCCUACUCAUGCCAUGGCUGCGUCAAACCCAAGACGUGAUUGCUCCUUCAACAAAUGCUUGGCAUUUAGAAGUGAGAAUCACGGGUCUUUUGGAUAUGACCUUAAAAAUUGAGGUCCCGUGUCAUGGCAGCCAUUGGCACGAUAAAGAACCCUCACUGCUACAGCCCUGAGUGCUAAGCAUAGGUCUAAAUUUGUGGUACUUCACCUACAGCUGGUGAAGUCUCAAUAAUGAAUAUGAAUGAAAAUUCUCAACAAGACGCAAAAACAAUAAAUCAAUCAGGUCUGGAAAUCUGGGACCAGUUGUACAAACAUCUUUUGAUUCAACAAACAGGUAAUUCCCAUCAACUCAUUGAUAUUCAUGUAGUGUUACUAACUGGAUAUUAACUGUCAUUUAAAUUUUACUGACUUUUAUGCAUUUGGGUCCAGAGGACCAAACUAUUGCCCUACAUGAGGUAGAGGGCUGAGGGAGCUCACAAAAUUUCUUUUGCACUCAAUUUCAUUUAACAAUUGUUUUGUUACAAAAAAAGAGCAAAACGUCUUGAGACUUUAAUCAGUAUAUUCCAUACUGCUGAUGAACCUAUUGUUCUUUAUGUUUAUCAUUUUUCCAAUUUACAGAUUGACUUUUGAUAUCCUAGAUUGUUUUAAAUACCAUGUCUAAAAUGGUCAUGGUAUUCUAUAUUGAUACACAAAAAUGCAACAGAUAUUCAAAAUGCCUCGAAAACAUUUUUCAAUGAUUCUUAACUAUGGAAACCAAGCUGCAUAGCAACUGAGAAGUAGCAGAAUUUCGUUCCUAUUAAUUCUUACAGUGCACGGUAGUUUGUUGUUAAUCAGUACUAUAAACUGAGCUGUUGUCCAUGCUAUAUGUUUGCUCCCCUGGCUUGUAGUGAUUGGUAGUUUUAGUACACCAAAGUAUAUCAAGGUCAUAGAACUUUUAGAUGUUGCAACUGUAUCAAAGCUGUGACUUGCUCUCCUCACUUCAAACUUCUAUACGUUAUUGUCCUCGGACAGUGUCAGGAUCCUGCAGCUAUGUUGUAUUGUCAAGGUCACUUGGAUGUGAAGAUCUGUUUAUUCCAUUGGAAUGUAAAUACAUGUAUAUCUUUGUGUAGCAGGUUCUUGGAGAAGACAAUAAGUUUUAAGAAAUGGUGUCAAAUCCCAUUGUAAAUGUAUAACAAAAUACAUUCAUAUCAAAACCUCUGUGGAAUAACUCCAAGAUAAAGGUGUAUCCUAUAGCUAAGAUUAUGAAUUUCAUUACAUUUUAUAGAAUAUAAAAUGUUUUUCUUUUCAUUGUAUUUGAAACCAACAUUUUUAAAGACUAUUACUGAUUGUGACCAUGUCCUAUUUACUUUAUUGACUCAGAAACCAAAAGGCUCUUUUCCCCACAUACAAUGUAUGAGGCAUAAAAAUUCAAAUACCGUCAUUUCUAUUGGUCCACAGCAAUUUUUAUACGCCCGUCGAAGACGGGACGUAUUAUGGUAUGGCGUCGUCCAUCUGUCUGUCUGUCCGAACCUUGUGGGCAGGAUACAGACUGAACCAUAAGCCCUAGGACUUUACAACUUGGUACAUUUGAUCACCAUGAUGAGAGGAAGACGCCUGUUGUUUUUCAAGGUCAAAGGUCAAGGUCGUAGUAUCACUUAUUAGGAAAACCUUGUGGGCAGGAUACAAACCGAACCGUAAGCUCCAGGAUAUUAUAACUUGGUACAUUUGAUCACCAUGAUGAGAGGAAGACGCCUAUUGUUUUUCAAGGUCAAAGGUCAAGGUCGUAGUAUCACUUUUUAGGAAAACCUUGUGGGCAGGAUACAAACCGAACCGUAAGCUCCAGGAUAUUAUAACUUGGUAUAUUUGAUCAUCAUGAUGAGAGGAAGGUGCCUAUUGUGUUUCAAGGUCAAAGGUCGAGGUCGUAGUAUCACUUAUUAGGAAAACCUUGUGGGCAGGAUACAAACCGAACCGUAAGCUCCAGGAUAUUAUAACUUGGUAUAUUUGAUCAUCGUGAUGAGAGGAAGGUGCCUAUUGUGUUUCAAGGUCAAAGGUCAAGGUCGUAGUAUCACUUAUUAGGAAAACCUUGUGGGCAGGAUACAAACCGAACCGUAAGCUCCAGGAUAUUAUGACUUGGUAUAUUUGAUCAUCAUGGUGAGAGGAAGGUGCCUAUUGUUUUUCAAGGUCAAAGGUCAAGGUCGUAGUAUAACUUAUUAGGAAAACCUUGUGGGCAGGAUACAAACCGAACCGUAAGCUCCAGGAUAUUAUAACUUGGUAUAUUUGAUCACCAUGGUAAGAGGAAGAUGCCUAUUGUUUUUCAAGGUCAAAGGUCUAGGUCGUAGUAUCACAUUUUAGGAAAACCUUGUGGGCAGGAUACAAACCGAACCGUAAGCUCCAGGAUAUUAUAACUUGGUAUAUUUGAUCAUCAUGAUGAGAGGAAGGUGCCUAUUGUUUUUCAAGGUCAAAGGUCAAGGUCACAAUAUCACUUAUUAGGAAAACCUUGUGGGCAGGAUACAAACCGAACCGUUAGCAUAUUUAUGAAGUAGCGCAUUCUAAGGCUAUCCCUCUUUAUAUCUUGAUAUCCAUUUCUACAAGCAUAAUAAUGAAUUAGCUCACAGAGGACAGUGAUAACUUCACUAAAAUAUGAAUCCCACUGAAAUAUGUUUCCCUUGAGCAAAAUCUACGGGCGUGUUAUGCCAUGUUGACGUUGCUCUUGUUCUAUAUUCAGUUACUGAUAGUGACUUUUGAUGCAUCUAUUUGAAAGUGUAAGACUGAAACAGAAAAAGGUAUUCUACAGAAAUGGACAGAAGAUCAAUGACUGUGACCUUUGGAAUAAGGAAUGAUAAGGAACUUUCCACUUCCUACUUUUCAUCAUUAUAUCAAGUGUGAGACCAGUUUAUGGAAGGGUACUCCACAUGCUUUCCACAAUGCAUUCAUAAUUUUUUCAUAAUUUCAACAUGUUAUUCGCUCAAUGUGGACAAACUAAAACUACUUUCUCGAAAAUUUUCCCAUUUUACAAAAGCCCUUCCUCACCGUUUUCUGCCUUUUUUCUUGUACCUGCUUGGACUCAUCCUCCUCUUCGUCAAAGCUAUGAUCACAUUUUGUCCCCUUUCCCAAAACACCGGGGUGGUGUGUUGUUAGAACUGACCCAGGAUUUAAGAUUUUGUACAUCACUGGAAUUCCCUGUGAUUUUUUGAAUUAGUAUUCAAAUGGAUAACUGGAAUCAUCAAAAUGUAAUUCACAAAGACUGGAGGGCCCCUCAGAAUGUAAUUCACUGGAGGGCUCCUCAGAAUGUAAUUCACACAGACUAGAGUGUCUGGAGGGCACCUCAAUGUAAUUCACACACGGGAGGGCCCCUCAGAAUGUAAUUCACACAGAAUGGAGGGCCCCUCAGAAUGUAAUUCACACAGACUGGAGGGUCCCUCAGAAUGUAAUUCACACAGAAUGGAGGGCCCCUCAGAAUGUAAUUCACACAGACUGGAGGGUGCCUCAGAAUGUUAUUCACACAGACUGGAGGGCCCCUCAGAAUGUAAUUCACACAGACUGGAGGGCCCCUCCAAACCAUUUUCUCUUGAGUCUAAUAAAGGCAGUCCAUUUUGGUACAAGAUCUGGUUCUUUCUUAAAUGGAAAAUAGUGCAGGGACACCCGGCAUACUAUAAAACCUGGCCUGGCCUGGCCUCAAAAUUGGCCUGGCCCCAAUUUUGGACUCUAAUUAUGCUCCAUCCCAAAUUUUGGCCUGGCCUCAAAAGUUGGCCUGGCCUCUAAAAAUAUUUUUGGCCUCAACCAAAAAAAAUAUUUUUAUUCAAAAUUUUGAUCGAAUUCAUUGAUUUAUUAUUGGUUUAAGUUUUUCAGUCAUGUAGCAGAUAAAUGAUAUGUUUCUGUUGUUUUGUAAAUGUGCACUUUAAAAUAAUCAUGAACUAUCACCAAUCUGAUUGAUUUUAUUGAAUAUCUAUUGAUCAGUUUAUUGAUUAAAUCAUUUUCUUUUCCCUUCAUAUUUGUAUGUACUAGUACACUCCAAAAAUGUAUACACAACUAAUGAAACAUUUGGCGUAUUGAUUUAUUUCUUCAGAAUAAUGAUUGAUUUAUUAUUGGUUUUGUAUUUUCAAAAUUGUUGAACAUGAAUGAUAUAUUUCUGUUGUUUUGUGAAUGUGCACAUUAAAAUAAUCAUGAACUACCA